GGACGAAAGCGAAAGUAGUUCCUACCAGACCAAAUCUGAUGCUUUCGUCAUCUAGGUCGCCAUUUUGCGUCUUGGGCUGAAAAUUCGUAGUGCGUCGUAGCAAUCUGCUAACUUUUCUGUGUUUUUCGCAAACAACGAAAUGGGGCGAUACGAUAGGCGAGGGUCACGAGACAGAGACAGAGACCGUCGCAGAAGCAGAAGUCGCAGUAGGGACCGCAGGAGGCGCAGCAGGUCACGCAGCCGCAGUCGUGAUCGCUUCAGGGAUAGAGACUUUGGACGUGGUGGUGGAGGAGGGGGCCGUGGUGGCAGAGGAGGACAACCUGGUAGCAACUUGCGUAAGCCCAGGUGGGAUACAAGCCGUUUGGAACCUUUCAAGAAAGACUUUUAUGUUCCCCACCCUGAAACUUCGAGUCGGCCACAACAUGAAGUUGAAGAGUACCGCAAGGCCAAGGAAAUUACUCUGAAAGGCCGCAAUGUACCCAGUCCCAUCCUUUCCUUCGAAGAGUCGAGCUUUCCUGACUAUGUCUUGCGAGAAGUAAGGCGAGCAGGAUUUAAGGAUCCAACGCCCAUUCAAGCUCAAGGCUGGCCAAUUGCCCUUAGUGGAAGGGACAUGGUGGGCAUUGCCAUGACUGGAUCAGGAAAGACACUAUCAUAUACUCUUCCAGCCAUUGUUCACAUUAACAAUCAGCCACGUCUACAAAGAGGAGAUGGCCCCAUAGCCCUCAUUUUGGCUCCAACACGUGAAUUGGCACAACAGAUUCAACAGGUAGCAGAUGACUUUGGAAGGUCAUCUCAAAUUAGAAAUACAUGUAUUUUUGGUGGAGCUCCUAAAGCACCUCAGGCUCGUGAUCUUGAAAGAGGUGUUGAGAUUGUGAUUGCAACACCUGGUCGUCUCAUUGACUUCUUAGAGAGUGGCCGCACCAAUUUAAGACGUUGCACUUACCUUGUUUUGGAUGAAGCUGACCGUAUGUUAGACAUGGGUUUUGAACCGCAAAUCCGUAAAAUAAUUGAUCAAAUUAGGCCUGAUCGUCAAACCUUGAUGUGGUCUGCUACAUGGCCCAAAGAAGUGCGUAAUCUUGCAGAAGAGUUCCUCAGAGAUUAUACACAGCUGAAUGUGGGAUCUCUCCAACUUUCUGCCAACCACAAUAUCCUUCAGAUUGUUGAUGUCUGCCAGGAAUAUGAGAAGGAAAGCAAGUUGAGCACUCUCCUGAAAGAAAUUAUGGCAGAGAAGGAAAACAAAAGCAUUGUAUUCAUUGAAACCAAGCGUAGAGUUGAUGAAAUAACUCGCAAAAUGAAGCGUGAUGGGUGGCCAGCAUCAUGCAUUCAUGGUGAUAAAACUCAACAAGAGAGAGAUUGGGUACUCCAAGAUUUUAGAUCAGGCAAAUCUCCAAUUUUGGUCGCCACUGAUGUUGCUGCCAGAGGACUUGAUGUUGAAGAUGUGAAGUUUGUCAUCAAUUUUGACUACCCAUCCUCCUCUGAAGAUUAUGUUCAUCGCAUUGGAAGAACUGGGCGUUCACAACGCACUGGCACGGCAUACACCUUUUUCACUAUGUCAAAUGCCAAGCAAGCUGCUGAUUUGGUUGCUGUUCUGAAGGAAGCUAAUCAGGUUAUCAACCCUAAGCUUCUGGAGAUGUCAGACAUGUCGAGAGGCUUUGGCGGUGGUAGAAAUCGCAACCGGUGGAGAGGAGGGCGGGGUCGAGGUGGAGGUGGACGAUCUCGCAGUCGCAGUCCUCGUAGUCGUAGCCGCAGUCGAAGCCGAAGCCCCCGUAGGCGGGAUAGGAGCUACUCACGUGAUGACAGAUCUGCAUGAUGGGCUGUUUCCUUGAAGAAAGAAGCGUAAUGUGUUGCAGAUAUCCAACGAUUUUAUAAAGUGAUGUAUCUUCUAAAGCUGAACAAUUUUAUUUCACUUGAUCCCAUUUGAAUCGAUCUCUUGUGUAAAUUAUUGCAAUAUUUGUAAUAAUUGUUAUUUUUCGUAACAUUUUCUUUCAAAAAUCUAUCCCUUAUAUUAUGUACAGAUAUAGAUAUAUUUAUGAAACUAUUUACCUACUCACCCAAAUGAAACAUGUUAAUUUCUUAAUCCUUAAGCAAACAUACAAUUAAUGUUUUAAGAUCAGAUGCACCUCAACAAAACAAAACUUUAUGCAUAAUGAGUAUGCACUUUAAAUUUCAUCUAGUAAUAGUGAUCAUUUUUAAGUCUUCAUUUGAAGCAUUUCGUGUUAAUUAGUCAGUGCUUUGGCAUACUUCAAGUGUGCCCGUAAAUAAGACAUUUGUAUAAUGUGUGUAGUAGUCCUUGGGUAUGAUUUUCUAUGUAACUUUAGCAUGCUAGUUUUACUGGAAUUUAUAGCUGGAUGGAUCUCUUAUUCAACGCUCUUAAUAUUUCACAUGUUAUUUAAUCAUCUCACAUCGAAAAAAUAAAUUACUACAAGUACAAA